AUGAUGAUUCACGACGAAGGGUUGAAGAAAAACGACUUGAAAGACCUCGACGUGGCGGAGUAUUGGACACUGUUUGAGAAAUCUUGCUUUGCUGGCGAAUAUCCUCGCUCCAAGCAGCAACACGACUUCAAAUCCGAAGCCUGUCUCUCCAUCUCCGACGCGAUCAACCAAAAAAUCCGGCGAACAAUUCCAACCGGCGCCACUGGCCGACUUCUGCGAGAAUUUCCACCGCGAUACUUGGAGAAAUCGUUCACAAAAAAGCUGGUUCAGAAUAUCAAGGAAAACUGCGAACGAGCGUGCAGCCAUCAAUUCCAGAGCUGCAACUUUCUCGGCGCGGCGAUGCUCAAUAAAAGGGUUGGCGAAGCGUUUGGGAUCCCGUUUGACCCGAAAGAAGGGAUUAGAUUGAUGGACAGAGCUUGUACUGGAAGUGGACCCGGACUGGGGCAGAAAGUUUCGUGCGAUAAUUUGGCAAAGAUUUAUAAAAGAGGAGCUGAAUCGCUUGGAAUUAAAAAAGAUAUUGGAAAAACUUUCGAUUACGAACGAAAAGCGUAUUUAAUGACCUCUCCUGGGAUGGAAGAAGUCGCCAUGAAAAAUAUGCCCAAAGCUGGACAACUCAUUUCUUAA